CAUUUCUUCUCAACUCCCCUUGCAGCCUGGGCUCUGUGCCCCUCGUUCUCCCAGUACACUGCAGCUCCUCCUUCCACCUCUCUCAUCAGCUGCCCCUCCCUCUUCCCUCUCUGUCUCUGCUAGGUGCAGCAUGUAUGUGAGUGUGUGUGAGCCAGUCGAGCCGCCUGUGUGUUUACAUGUCAGCCUAUCAGUGCUGCCGGAUUUAGCGCAUCUGGAGAGAACGGAGGCAUUUCUCAAAUGCCCCUCCGACAAGGGAUUCUCACCGCUGUGUAGAUCCCCCUUUCCCAUUUGAAUACAGGCUGUCUUGAAUCCUGCAUCCCUGUCUCCAUGCUUUUGGAGGCAUUUUGAAUUUCCUUGGCAACAUGGAGCUGCCUGAAUUAGAAUUCUCUGCAUGACAGUCCUGGUAAGCAGUAGGAUGGUGUCUGGGGAGGCAGGAGGGCACAGCUACUUGGUGGCAUGCUGGCAGCCCAUCCUGAUCCUCAUGCUCGGCACCGUCCUUUCUGGCUCCACCACCGGUUGCCCCUCCCGAUGUGACUGCAACGGUCAGGAGCGUUCAGUCGUGUGCCAUCGACGGAGACUGGCAGCUCUUCCUGAGGGCAUACCCACAGAAACAAGGAUGCUGGACCUCAGCAAGAACCGUCUCAAAACUCUGGGGAACGAGGAGUUCAUUAAUUACCCCCAGCUGGAGGAGCUGCAACUUAACGAAAACACAAUUUCAUCCAUUGAGCCUGGAGCUUUUACCAAUCUUAUGAACCUUCGAACUCUAGGUCUGCGCAACAACCAGCUGAAGCUCAUUCAGCUGGGGGUGUUCACAGGCCUGACCAACCUUACCCAGCUGGACAUUAGUGAGAACAAGAUUGUCAUUCUGCUCGACUAUAUGUUCCAGGAGCUGUACAACCUGAGAGCUCUGGAGGUUGGUGACAAUGACCUAGUAUUCAUCUCACCGCGAUCGUUUCAUGGCCUCAGCAACCUUGAAAGCCUCAACAUCGAGGGAUACAAUCUUGCCUCAGUGCCCACUGAUGCCCUUAGCCAUUUGCAUAACCUGUUGUCACUACGAUUAAGCUAUCUCAACGUCACUGCCAUGAAGGAUUACUCCUUUAAGAGGCUGUAUCGGCUCAGAGUGUUGGAGAUAUCUCAAAUGCCUGCCCUGGAUACCAUGACCGCAAAAUGCUUGUUUGGACUCAACCUCACAUCAUUGUCCAUCACAAAUUGUAAUCUUACUGUCAUACCCUACCAAGCCAUCAGUCACCUGAGACAUCUGCGGUUUUUGAAUCUGUCUUUCAAUCCCAUUCAUACUGUGGAAGGGAACAAACUGUUCAAUCUGCAGAAGCUGCAGGCUUUUUAUUUGGCUGGUGGGAGAUUAACUACCAUUGAGCCCUACUCUUUCCGAGGACUCAACCACCUCCGUGUACUCAAUGUAUCCAUCAACAGAUUGAACACCCUAGAGGAGUCUGUUUUCCACUCAGUGGGAAACCUGGAGACUCUGGCUUUGUAUGACAACCCGUUGGCCUGCGACUGUCGCUUGCUCUGGGUCUUCCGCCGGCGGUGGAGGCUCAACUUUAACAGACAGCAGCCCAUGUGUGCUUCACCUGAGAUUGUUCAAGGACAAGAGUUCAAGGACUUCCCAGACAUUCUCCCGUCUGACUAUUUUAUCUGCCAGAAAUCAAAGAUCAUGGAUUACAAGGUUCAAGAAAGCCAUGUAGAUGAAGGAACUACAGUUCAUUUUGACUGCCAGGCUGAGGGUGACCCAGUCCCUGUGAUAAUGUGGCUAUCCCCUAAGAAAGAGUACAUCACUACUAAAACUGUGGGGUCAAGGCUUUCUGUGUCUAAUGAAGGCACUUUGGAGGUGCGUUACGCCCAAAUCCAAGACAACGGCACCUACUUGUGCAUUGCAAGCAAUGCAGCAGGCAAUGACACCAAAGCUGCUCACCUUUUUGUGCAUAGCUAUUCCCCCAAUUGGCCCCACCAGCCAAACAAGACAUUUGCCUUCAUUUCAAACCAGCCCAGCGAUGAAGGUGCUAAUGUAACCCGGGCCACAGUUACAUUUCCAUUUGAUGUAAAGACACUCAUCAUUGCAACCACUAUGGGAUUUAUCUCUUUCCUCGGAGUUGUCCUUUUCUGUCUUGUAAUAUUAUUUCUCUGGAGUCGGGGAAAAGACAAUACUAAGUCAAGUAUAGAGGUUGAAUAUGUGCCACGUAAAGAGGAACCAGAGGAGGCCAGUCCAACCGAGGAACCCAUACAAUUCAACAUGAAAAUCAUGUGAACAUCGAAUGGACGCCAUGUAAGCAUUGAAAAUGCAUUUGGGGUGCAUACUAUCUUUGCUUCAAAUAUGUACUCACUUUAAAAGAGAUAGAAAUUGCACAGCAGCAAAUGCAUCUUGACACUAUACCCUCAAAUUGUUUGUUUUUUUAAUUUGAGGGACUGAAUCUUUCAAAGCAAAUGUUGAAUUUAAAAUAUUCAAAUUUCUGUAAAGUUAUAAUGGCAAUAAUUAGUAUGUUAACAUGCACUCAACCUGAUUACUGUGUUUAACCAAAUUAAGCUAAUAGUUUGAAUAAGCACAUGGAUCACAGCAGAGGGAUUUCCAAAAAUACAUAGGGGGGUUAUGGUCUAAAAGAAUUUGGUGAUUAGUCUGCAAGUAAAAUCUUUUAUGGGGAACAAAAGAAAAUAUCUUGUUAGUAUUGUUUUUUGUUUUUUUUGCUUUAUUGAUGUACAAAGCACAACAGCCCAUUAGAGCCAUUGUCAAGUUCUGCUGCUUGAAAUGCUAAGUCAAAAGCAUUUUUUCCAUUUUAUGUUGUCCCAUCACAAGCAAUUGACAAAUGUGACAUGAGUAUUAGGGGUAUUUUUAGAUUGAUAGAAAAAGGGAGAGACGACAGUCAUAUUUUGAGGGAAUAAAGAAGUACUUCCAAGAACAAAGUUGAGAAAUUAAAAGGAUAGGCUAAACUUUGAAACUUAAAAUUUUGAGAAGGGAAAGUAACACUAUUACAAGACUAAAUGUAAUAAUUUUUGUAAAAUUAGAUACUAAAUAGAGAGAUAAGUUUUUAUAUGAGAAACCAAAACAUUUUUGAACACCAAUUCUCCAAAAUUGAAAUUUUAUUAUUAAGAAUCAGUGUGAGGAUUAGACACAGAGGAGCCAGUGAAACUUACCACGCUGUGUCAGUGACCAAAGGCCUUCAACAUUAAAUUGUGUUUUGAUGUUUUCUCGGCACACUUCGACACUGACGUCUGCAAGAAAACCUGUCACAAAACAAAAAAUCAAGUAGAAGCCUGAUGCUCCAUUACUUGUCAUAGACAAGCAAUUUUGUCAAUUGGGCUUAAAUGAUCAGUUAUAAUAACUGGAGUAUUCCUUUAAUCUGGUUACAGUCAAAUUAGAAGUGUGCAUGUUAACACACGGAAUAAGAAAGAAAAGCCAGUCCUACAAAAUGUGCUCCUUUCUGCCAGCAAAGGAAGUUUGUCAUUAAAUGUAUUAACAUAUUCAGCUAUACAUAUAUUUUCUGUAUUUUCUUCUUUCCUUGUACAUUAUGCUAUGGCACAAAAGUGAUGCUUUUAAUGACUGUGAGUUUUAAACAUUACAAUCUAUGGAGCAGAUUAGAUAUUCAUGUUUUUGAUGUAACUCAACCAAAAGAGUUAGAACUUUUCGGAGUACCCUUGAAAAUCUGAUUAGCAAUUUAUCAUCAAGUGCAAAAUUAAUUUGUGUACCUGUUUGGCAGCUUUAAAAGUGUCGGCACUCUUUCCCAGUCCCGAGGUUACAUUGUCAACAGUGCAAAUGAAAAAUGCUGACAUUAUGAAUUUGUUGCCUUAAGUAACAUUUUCCAGCUUUCAGCCAAGCAAUACCCAAUAGUUAUGUGUGAAAUGGACUUUUAUGCCUCAUAAGGAUUUUAUGUAAUUAAUUUCACAGUCAAGGUCUGCUCUAAAGAUAGUGUGUUCAUUAACUCUAAAAGUGCAUUAAAAAAAAAAGAAAAAGAAAAGGGAAAGGCAGAUGGAAAUUCUAUUAAAUAAAUAACAUUUUAUACUA